AUAUAACGCGAAGCCCAGAGUAAAGCGUCGGUAACACCAUCAUGGCGGUCAAAUUUCUGGUCGUCCUGUGCUUCCGCCUCCUCAGCCUCUCCUCAGCUUUUGUAUUAGAAAACAAUAUCUCUGAGGAUUACGAUCAGCAGACCAGCCUACGCCUGCCCACCGAGUACCACUUCAAGGGGGACGUCAUUAGUACGGACCUCGGGAUCAUCAGGCCCUUCGAAAUAUGGUACAGUGAGCGACACAACCGUUCUCGCAGGGACACGUACGGCGGCAUGGUGAGGCGGUACUACUACGGUGACUGUCAGGCUAUAUACACGAUUCAUCCAGAAGCAACGAGUGAACUAGUCAGCCGAACGAUGUGUACGGCUAAUAAGAACAAUGAAAAACCUAGAAAUUUCCUUCCACCAUAUUCAUCAGACAAAUUUAAACACUCAGGUAAAACGAUGUAUGACGACAAACUUGUGGAUUUAUGGACGUAUUCUGCGGCUUUGGAAAAAGAUCAUCAGUCGGUGACGCAGCUCCUGGUGAUGAAGGAGAACGAACUUCAAUGGGAAGAGACAGAGCUGAGCUUGCGGAACGGCAUGGUGGUGAGACACCUCAUCACCCGCUAUUACGACUACAACGAACCCAGUCUUGAUGACAUCACUUUGAAACACGCUCAAAAACAUUGUGCCUGGGACGAGGCAUCGUCGCCAUACAACGCGCAUCCAGGUCUUCCCUCCGAUGUUGCAGAGGCUUUUCAAAGACUGGUAACGGAGCACAACAGCAGGAAACUGAGCUACAGGCUGGGGCUGAACAGGUUCUCCGACCGCCUGCCCUCGGAGCUGGCGCACCUCACCGCCACCCGCCCCGGGAGCCCUGCUGCUGCCGGCACACACACCUUCCCCCUCACCGCCCAACAGCUCGAGGAGAUGGUCCUCCGACUGCCGAAGAACUACGAUAUGAGGGUCGAGGGACUCAUCAGCACUGUUAAAGACCAAGGUGAUUGUGGCUCGUGCUAUGCGUUUGCGACGGUAGCGGCUGUAGAGGGGGCCUUCGCCAAGAAGAAUGCCUCUUGGAAUUUGGACCUCAGCGAGCAGUCUCUGGUGGACUGCAGUUGGUCGGAGAAAAACCACGGCUGCAACGGCGGGUUCCUCGACGCCGCCUUCGACCACGUCCAGCGGCACGGAGUCCCCACCGACAUGCAGUAUGGCAUUUAUCUGGCAGAGGAGGGUGUAUGCAAGUACAACAGUGUCACCAAAGUAACAAGAAUCAAGAGCUUCACUCGUGUGCUCGGUGGGUCUCUCGCGAUGAAAGCCGUUCUGUACAACUACGGACCCGUAGCCUCCAGCAUCAACGCCAUGGACGAGCUCAAGCACUACGAAAAUGGCAUCUACUACAACCCGGACUGCAACAAAAACGGUACGAACCACGCAGUGACGGUGGUGGGUUACGGCGAGAGUGACGGUACACCGUACUGGAUCAUCAAGAACUCGUGGGGCGAGGACUGGGGGCAGGCCGGCUACAUGUUCCUCUCGGCUGAAAAUAACAACUGUCACUUACUCGACGAGGCUUACUUCGCUGGUCUCUGA